AUGGGAAAAACUCGUUCCAAGGUUUGGAGGCCUAAUGAAAUAUCAAGGGAUUUGAAUGCUUUGCUGGAAAUCAACGUAGAUUACAAACAAGCUUGGCGUGCAAAACAAUAUGCUAUGGAACUGUUGUUGGGAUCCUCUGAAGAAUCUUUUGCCAAACUUCCUAUUUAUUUUCACAAUUUGAAGAGGCAUAAUCCUGGUACAGUUGCGUAUAUUCAAACAGAUUCUGAAGAUUGUUUCGAGUGUUGUUUUUAUGCCAUUGGGAGCACGAUACGAGCGUUCAAAAGUUUUUGUCGUAAAGUUAUAAUUAUAGAUGGUGCCCAUUUGAAGGGUGCUUUUAAGGGAACCAUAUUGCAUGCAAUAGCUAUGGAUGGGAACAACCAGAUACUGCCCCUUGCGGCCGAUGCAAUUCGCGUUAGUAUUGAAAAUGUUUUUCCACAUGCUCAUCAUGGCUUGUGUGCUUUUCAUAUACUAGGAAACAUAGUACACAAGUUUGGGAAAAAUGAUAAAACAAAAGUGUUGUUUUGGAGGCUUGUGAAAGCUUACAAAAGAAAUGUUUUUGAAGAAGUGUGGUAUAGAUUUAGUUCUACUAGGCCGCAAGUAGCAGCGUAUCUAAGUGAAAUUCCCCGUGCUAAAUGGACUAGAGCAUAUUCGCCGUCGAAACGUUACGAUUACAUGACCUCGAACAGUGCAGAGUCCAUGAAUGCUUUAUCUGUUGAUGCACGGAAGAUGCCUAUAAUACCCCUUCUUGAGUUCUUCCGACGUCUUUCACAGGAAUGGUGUUACAAGCGUCGCAUCGAAGGAGUGUUAACCGAGUGGGCUAAAAAAGUAGUUAGUAAAAAUGAAGAGCGUACGCCAGGAUGGUCCGUUUCUGGUGUUUCAGAUGCACUUUAUGAAGUUCAUGAUUUCAAACAUGGUGGCAUAGUUGAUCUGAGGCAAGAGACUUAUGCUUACAAAAUGGAAACAUACCGAAGUACGUAUGAGGAGCUGGUUUACCUCCUUCCAGAACCGUGUGAUUGGGAGAUUCCUGCUGACAUGAUGGUUGUGAAACCCCAGAUAAUGGAUACAUGUCAAGCUGGUAGACCGAGAAACAGAAAUCGUAUUCUGUCACAAGGUGAGGAACCUAUAGUAAGAAGGUGUAGUAGAUGUGAUAGUACAACACAUAAUGCAGCGACUUGUCUGGCAUUGGUCCCAAAGAAACAAAAAAAAAAGGCUAGAAAAACUAGUACGGCAUCAGGUAGUAACACAAAAGGAAAAGGGAAAGGGACAGAAGGGACUCAGGAGACGCUAGAGAUGCACGGGACACAAGAGACGCGUUGGACGAGUGGGACGCAGAGAGAAGACUAUUGUUCAAUGUUUGAUUUGAAUGAUUGA